UUUUGUCUAAGCGAACACAGCCUGUGAGCAGCGCUAUUCAGGACUUUUAUUUUGAAACCAACACAACUCUUCCUGUAGUGCGUUCAGCUUCAUGCUCCCAUUCCCUUCAGCGACUCACAAAUCAUGGCGGACAUCGAUUCGUGGGAUGCUGAGAGUUUCGAGCCCGACGAGCCAAUUAAAAAGGCGGCAGUUCAUGACAAAUGGGAGGGCGAAGAUGAAGAAGACGACGUGAAAGAUAACUGGGAUGAUGAAGAAGAAGACGGGGAAAAGGUGGAGGAAAAGACGACAGAGACAAAGCGUACAGAAAAGAAGAAGCUUAGUGACAAAAUAAAAGAGAAGGAAAGUUUACAAAGGAAAAAACAAGAGGAGCUGAAACAGCAACAAUUAGAGGAGACGAUAACCAAUGAACUGACACCAGAAGAGGAGCUGGCAGAGAAACUCAGAGUGAAAAAACUACAAGAGGAUUCAGAUUUAGAACUAGCAAAAGAGGCUUUUGGUGUUGUAUCAAAUAAUGUUACAGGAAUUGAUGCAAUGAGCCCCUCGUCAAAAGAAGACUUUACAGAGUUUGAGAGGUUGCUUAAAGAAAAAAUCUCUCCGUAUGAGAAGUCUGUACACUAUUCCAGCUUUUUAGAAUCACUGUUUAGGGACCUGUGUAUUUCAUUGGAAAUUGAUGACUUGAAGAAAAUUAACAACUCGAUCACAGUGUUACUAAGUGAAAAGCAGAAGCAAGAAAAGCAAAACAAAGGUAAAAAGAAAAAGAAGGGAGUUGUACCAGCAGGAGGAUUUAAAGCAAAAUUGAAAGAUGACCUUGCAGAUUACGGCGAGUUUGAUGGCGGUUAUGCACAAGACUAUGAGGAUUUCAUGUGACCACGGCUUAACCGAUUUAUCACUUUUGCCGUUUGCUGAACCAUAUACCUUAACAGCAUGACCUUAUCCCUGCAGUCAGGCCGUUACCAGAAUCAUGCUAGACAACUCUGAACUUCAUCCCAUGACAUGCACAAUAUCCCUUCAAAGACGUUUAUACAGAGAAUUAAAUAAGUGCUCUACUUUUUCUGGUUUUUCGUCGGUCAGCGUUUGUCGGAAUAAUGAAACCGAUGAUGCAACUCCUUUAAAAGUGAACACUGACAAUGUGUGAACUAGCAGUAUAGAUUUCACAAUCCAGAUGAAUAUGAACAAAGUGUUAUUGUUCGGUAACUGCUAAUUAAAUAAACGGCAUUCUAUGCAAAUUUCAGAACAUGUCGAUAUGAAUCUCAACAUAAUUGGAUUAAUUCUGCAGUUGACAGCCAGCGUUCCUUUGGAAGUUAGACUUGUUUGAACAAGUUUACUUUUGCAUAGUAGUCUUAGCUAGCUAAACCCGUAAAAACCGAAGUGGUAAUAUCUAAAAAGUCAUGUGGUUUAAGAAUCAUGUCUACACUAGAUGGUUUAUUUUCUGUUUUGGUUCCUUCAUUUCGAUACGUUAAUCUAGAUUAUAGCGUACUUUAUCUAAACCUAAAAAAGUCUAAUAGAGAAAAUAACGCUUUAAUGUUUGUAGCUCGUGAUGCAUUCCAUAUGAAGUAAAAGACCAAAAGUAUGAAACUGCAUUGUGCGGCUCACUCAUUAAGAGCUGGUUUUAAAGGUACAUUUUGAAGAUAAGAAUACACAAAUAUUUACAAAGUCAAUGCAACACAUUAUGCAGUUACUCAAUUGACCUCAUUCAUGCCAGCAAAGAAUUGAUGCGAUCUCAGACAGGGUUUGAGAUUAUCUAUUGAUAUAUAAGGGACUGAUGUUGGGUCACGAAUCGUUUGGCUCUCAAUUUUCUCCGCAAGAUACAGUGUGAUUGACGUGCUUCAAAGAGACUUGUGCAAAGCUGAUAAUAGGACUCUGCACCGUUUUAUAAAGAUCUAAUUUAAUAAAAGUUGCUUAAAAUCCUUGAA